AUGCACCAGGAUGACGUAGUCAACUAUCCCACGGAGUUUUUAAAUUCACUGGAAUUGUCUGGAUUACCACCUCACAAUUUGCAGUUAAAAAUAGGGUCAGUUGUCAUGAUGCUGCGUAACAUUAAUCAACCUCGACUGUGCAAUGGAACAAGACUGGUUGUGAAAAAGCUGAUGAAUAACGUCAUUGAGGCAACAAUCAUAAAAGGAAAAUACAAAGAAGAGGAUGUCUUGAUCCCACGGAUACCGAUGAUUCCAACGGAUUUACCAUUCGAUUUUAAACGCUUAGAAUUUCCACUACGUCUGGCCUUUGCGAUGACCAUAAAUAAAUCGCAAGGACAGUCGUUAGAAGUUUGCCGAAUCAACUUGGAGUUUCCCUGUUUCGCGCAUGGACAAUUAUACGUCGCGUGUUCGCGUGUCGGAAAACCGUCUUCUUUGUUUAUUUACGCAUCACAAAACAAAACAAAAAAUAUAGUUUAUGAGAAAGCUUUAAAUUGA